AUGGCUGACCUGCUUGACGCGAAGCCAGUCCUCGAAGAUACAUACCAUCCCAAAGAUGCCCUGGCAGCAUCAGUACGCGGCAUUACAUAUGCAGGCGCUGCCGGCCUGUUCCUGGCGGCUGUGCAGAACACGGUAGCGAAGGAGAGCAUUGGACCAUGGGGCGUCUUUUCGCGGUUCGGCAAGACAAUUGGGCUUUUUGCUGCUAUGGGUGGCAGUUAUUCGUUCGUCACCACCGCUACCGCCAAUCUCCUUGAAAAGAACGAUCCUACGAACCACGCACUAGGUGGUGCAUGCGCCGGCGCACUUGUUGGCCUAAGGAAGAGAUCCAUGCCCUCAACUCUCGGUAGUGCAUUUGCCCUCGGGGCUGUGAUGUUCGUUGUUAAUUAUACCGGGCGGCCUAUAUUCGAGUCGUCCUCAGACGCUCCUCAAUUAGAUCGCCUAGCCUACAAGGACGAGGCAAAGACCCGAUACAGGCGACCACUGAACGAGACCAUCAACGAACUCGGAGAGGGCAGAGGUAUCUAUGGACCCGGAUACGCCGAAAGACGUAAACAAAGAAUCAAAGAAAAAUAUGGUAUCGAUGUUCAAGAGCCAUAUUACACCAACAAAUCUGCUGAAGCAGGCACCGAGUUCUAG